CUAAAAAGAACAGUAUUCCUUCGACAAGUUGGUAUGCUGCAGUAUCCAUCAUUUGCAACACCAUGACAACCACUAAGCAACUAGUUUCAACACCAUACCAACCUCCUGGGAGACCAUGGCAACCACCUUGAAUUCCUGGUCAGCUUCAGAUGUUGAAACCUCCACCAGCACAAUGUUCUUCUUGAAGCUGUCUCUUCUUAUCUGUCUGAUUCAAGUCCCAGGCCUGGUCACUUCCACAGAGAAUGUAAUCACCUGUAAUGGACUUGUUCAGCGCCUCAACUGUGAUAUUGGACUGAUAAAGGUGAAGUCUGCUCUGUAUGGCCGUACAGACAGCGCAGUCUGUAGUGCUGGUCGCUCUCCUUCAGAGAUCCAGGACACCAAAUGUUCCAUGAGCAUUCCAGAGAUUUCUGAAAGGUGUGAUGGACAGACUGCGUGUGAGCUUAGGCCUGAUUUACUUGGCGUCACUGACCCAUGUCCCAAAACUUACAAGUACCUCAACACCACUUACAACUGCCUUGAAGCCCGUGUCAGCAUGAUAUGUGAGGGCAGUUACAGCACACUAAACUGUGGAAAUCAUGUAAUUCAGAUUGUCAGUGCUGACUAUGGCCGCACGGAUCGCACAAUCUGCUCUGAGGGAUUAACCAACAAUUUGACUGAGAACACCAAUUGUCAUUCUCCUGAUACGGUUACUAGUGUGGUUGAACGGUGUAAUGACAGGAGACGCUGCACUCUGGAAGCUUCAAACGCCAUCUUUACAGACCCUUGUUUCGGGACCUACAAGUACCUGGCUGUCUCCUACUUCUGCCUUCCACGCGAUAUUGAGACCAGUGUGACCUGUGAACAUAGUACUGCUGUUCUAAAAUGUGGAGCUGGCGUAUUAAAAAUCCACAGUGCUAACUAUGGUCGAACUGAUUCCAUCACAUGUUCUGCUGGACGGCCUGUUCAUGAAAUUAUUAAGAGUGACUGCUUUGCCAGCAACACGCUAGCUGAAGUUGUAAAAAGAUGUGAAGGCAAGAACAGCUGUGCAGUGCCUGCUACAAACUCUGUCUUCUCUGACCCCUGUGUUGGCACCUUUAAGUACCUGUCCGUUGAGUACUCCUGUGUCAGUAAUGAUGGGAUUAAAUUUAGCCUUCUGACCAAUAAAGUGGAGUAAAAACAGUGAAUUUGAACAACACAGCUGUUUUUUUAGAUGGUCUGGCUAUUUGUGGUAGGUGCUGAGAUCAACCAAUAAUCCACCUAUGUAUUUUUAAAAGAUGUGUUAAACUGUUGCAAGUGCAAUUUUUCAGUUUUUAUACUGUAUUUUUCUUCUCAAAUUAAUGUCAUUGUUCUAAUCUAAUCUGUGCCAGAAACACUCUGGAUUCAACUCUUUUAAUUUUUUCCAUUUUUUUUGUCCAACUUUAUUAUUUUCUUAGCAUUUUGUCAUAUUGCUGUGCUAAUUGUCUACUAAUUUUCUGCUUUUCUGCAAUUAAAUAAUUUCUGGUUGUCA